GAGACUUGGACUGGAAAAUUGAGACAUUGGGAGAACGUAAUGGAAAAGUGCAUUGGGAGACUUGCACUGGGAAAUUGAUACAUUGGGAGAACGCAACGGUUGGGAGACUUGCAGUGGAAAAUUGGGACAUUGGGAGACCGCAAUGGAAAAGUGCAUCAUUGAGAGACUUGCACUGGAAAAUUGAGACUGGGAGGACGCAAUGGAAAAGUGCAUUGGGAGACUUGCAGUGGAAAAUUGAGACAUUGGGAGAACGCAAUGGAAAACUGCAUUGGGAGACUUGCACUGAAAUAUUGAGACAUUUGGGAGAAUGUAAUAGAAAAGUGCACUGGGAGACUUUCACUGGAAAAUUGAAACAUUAGGAGAAUGCAAUGGAAAAGUGCAUUGGGAGACUUGC